GAAAAUUAUUGAAAAAAAAAACGAAUCUGAUUUCGAAAAAAAUAAUGGCGACCCUGCAGCAUCAUCAUCAAAUACAACAAGAUCAACAACAUCAAGGACAGCAACAGCAGCAGGAAGUGGUCACUUUGAAUGAUGCCAUAAGUAAUGUUGAUGUUUUGGAUGCACUCGAACUUCCAGAUUCUCAACCAUGUAUUACCGGAGAAAAUUGGUCGAUUGUUUAUCAUGUUAAUUUUGAUACAAAUUUCGAAGAUCGUAAUGCAUUUGUUUGCGGUGUUGCCAAAUACAUCGAAGAAGCUACCGUACAAUGUCAUCUUAACGUAAUGCUAGACGAAGGAGAAAAACAUGCGGUCAUGUUGUACACCUGGAGAUGUUGUUCACGAGCCAUUCCACAACCUAAAUCAAAUGAACAGCCAAAUCGUCGUGAUCUCUAUGAAAAAAUUGUCGAAGUACUUGGUCCAGAAGUAAAAAAAUUACUUUCGUUUAUGUAUUUCCAAAAAGCAGCGAUUGAUCGAUUCUGUUACGAAGUAAAACAUCUAUGUCGAAAUCCAAAUCAAGCUGGUCCAGAUAGUUCACAUAAUGCAGCCGAUUCUGGUAAAGAAAAAAAAUCAUCCGGCAAUCAAAAUACAUUUGUUUCUGAAUCCUAUCUACUUACAUUGGGUAAAUUUAUCAACAUGUUUGCCGUACUAGAUGAAUUGAAAAAUAUGAAAUCAUCAGUUAAAAAUGAUUAUGCUACAUAUCGUCGUGCUGCACAAUUUCUAAAAGUUUUAUCCGAUUCCGAAUCAUUACAAGAAUCACAAUCAUUAUCAAUGUUUUUAGCUAUGCAAAACAAAAUUCGUGACAAUCUUAAAGAAUCGUUGGAAACAAUCAAUGGUUAUGAAGAACUUUUUUGUGAUCUUGUCAAUUUAUUCACUAAUAUGUAUGAAUGUAAACAAUAUGUAUUACCUCAAGAAAAACAUAUGCUUGUUAAAGUAAUUGGAUUUACAUUAUAUCUUAUGGAUGGUGCUAAUUGUAAUAUUAAUAAAUUGGAUGCCAAACGACGAAUAUCAUUAAAUCGUAUUGAUAGAAUUUUUAAACAUUUAGAAAUGGUACCCCUGUAUGGAGAUAUGCAAAUAGCACCAUUUCAAACAUAUAUUAAACGUUGUGCUCAUUAUGAUCAAACUAAAUGGCCACUUUGUUCAAAUUCAACAACAUCAUCAUUACAGGCAGAUAUUCUUCAAUAUUUACCAUCAAUUCGUGAUGAUUAUGUUGCUUUCAUAUCUGAACUUUCUCGACAUUCGAAUGAAGUUACUACAACAGUUAAAGAUACACCAAGAACUGAUGGUGAAAAUCGUGAACUAUUAAAAUUAGCUUUACGUGGUAUACAAUUAUUAGCUGAUUGGACUGCUCAUGUAACGGAAUUAUAUUCAUGGAAAUUAAUGCAUCCAACUGAUUCACAUCAGACAAAAACCUGUCCAGCCGAUGCAGAAGAAUAUGAACGUGCAACCAGAUAUAAUUAUAGUUCACAAGAAAAAUAUGCAUUAAUUGAAUUAGUGGCUAUGGUCAAAGGACUUCAGGUAUUGAUGAAUCGUAUGGAAGCCGUAUUUGUAGAUGCUAUUCGUCGAGCAAUCUAUGCUGAUUUACAAGAUUUUGUACAAAUAACAUUGAAAGAACCUUUACGAAAAGCGAUUAAAAAUAAAAAAGAUGUCGUAAGAACAAUGAUUACUUCGGUAAGAAAUACUUGUGCCGAUUAUAUGCGUGAACAACAACCGAAUCGUAGCGGCGGUGGUGGAAGUUCAUCAAAUUCAUCCAAAUCAUCGCUUAUGGAUCAAACACAAGGAAUUCAAGUUCCACGACGUAAUGUUGGCCCAUCAACUACUCAAUUAUAUAUGGUACGAACACAACUUGAAUCAUUGAUUAGCGAUAAAGCUUUGAGUGGUCGUCGUACAUUACGUAAAGAUAUUGAUGGACAAUAUUUGAUUGCUAUAGAUAGUUUUCAUAAGCAAUCAUUUUUUUGGUCAUAUUUGCUUAAUUUUAGUCAAACAUUACGUGAAUGUUGUGAUCUAUCACAACUUUGGUAUCGAGAAUUUUAUCUUGAAAUGACAAUGGGCAAACGUAUACAAUUUCCAAUUGAAAUGUCAUUACCUUGGAUAUUGAUCGAUCAGAUUCUUACGGAUAAAGAUGCAUCAAUGAUGGAAUGUAUUCUAUAUCCACUUGAUCUUUAUAAUGAUUCAGCAUAUUAUGCAUUGACAAAAUUUAAAAAACAAUUUCUUUAUGAUGAAGUUGAAGCCGAAGUUAAUCUUUGUUUUGAUCAAUUUGUUUAUAAAUUAUCUGAACAAAUAUUUUCUUAUUAUAAACAAUUAGCUGCAUCAAUGAUAUUGGAUAAACGUUAUAGAGCUGAAAUGUCUACAUUGGCAGUGAAUUUUAAUUGGCCAGGACCUAAUCGUUAUGAAACAUUAUUGAAACAACGUCAUCUUCAACUGUUAGGUCGAACUAUUGAUUUGGAAAGAUUAAUUGUACAACGUUUAAAUGCUUAUAUGUUAAAAUCAUUGGAAUUGGCUAUAACUAGAUUUGAAGCAGCUGAUUUAACAAAUAUAAUGGAUUUAGAUUUAUUGCUUCGUGUAAAUCGUUUAACACAUAAAUUAUUGAAUAAAUAUAUCAAACUUGAUUCAUAUGAUGCAUUGUUAGCUGAAGCUAAUCAAUCAGUAUCCGAUCCAUAUGGUCGUAUUACAUUACAUAUUUAUUCGGAAAUGGUUUCGGAUUUUCUACCAAGAUUUUGUUUCAAUUCAUCAACACAACGUUUUGUUCGUAUGCCUGAUGGACCGGGUACAGAAUUUGUUGGUCAAAAAAUUUCUCGUGAACGUGUAUCAUCAGCAUUUAGUUUGCCUUAUUUGGCAUAUGGUUCAAAAGCAUUGAAUUAUGCAUUUACUUCGAUACAAAAAUUAUAUGGUGAAUUUAUUGGUGCACCACAUUUUCGUAUUUUAUGUCGUGUACUUGGUUAUAGUGGUAUUGCUUUGAUCAUUGAAGAAUUACUUAAUUUUAUUCAGAAUAAAAUUCAAACAUCGAUUGCUACAUCUGUACAUAGCAUACGACAAGCAAUGGGUGGUAAAGAUGCUAAAAUGUUAAAUCCAUUAGUAAAUUCGGCACAAACUUUUAUGACGUUAAGAAAAAAUCUUGAAAAUCUAAUACAUAAUAGUGAAAUUAAAACACGUGUAUUUCAGGAUUUUAGAGAAAUUGGCAAUUGUCUUCUUUUCUGUUUAUACAUCGAACAAGCAUUGUCACAAGAAGAAGUUUGUGAUCUUUUACAAGCAGCACCAUUCCAAAAAGUAUUUCCAUUACCAUUUUUGAAAGAAACCGAAAAACAAGAAUCCAAAUUAAAACGAAUGGAAAAUCGUUAUUCAUCAUUACAUGUUGUAUCUGUUAUUGAAAAAUUUGGCGCACCAAAGCAAGCAUUAAUUGCUCGUGAUGCUGAUCUAUUGACCAAAGAACGUCUUUGUUGUGGUCUUUCUAUUUUUGAAACUGUAUUGAAUCGAUUUCGUGAAAUAUUGGAUAAAGAUCCGGGAAUUUGGCAUGGUGAAGAUAAACCAAAAAAUAAUAUAAUGCAUGUUAAUGAAUGUGUAGAAUUCUAUAGAAUUUGGUCAGCAUUACAGUUUAUAUAUUGUACACCAUUAUUGGGAGAAAAUGAUCUUACUAUUGAACAAUUAUUUGGUGAAGGUUUAAAUUGGGCUGGUUGUACAUUUAUCAUGUUAUUACGGCAACAACGUCGUUUUGAAUGUAUGGAUUUUAGUUAUCAUUUAUUGAAAAUUCAACGUUUCGAUAUGUGUACGGAAAUUAUUGAAAGAAUCCAAAUCAAAAAAAUGGUUGAACGUAUACGACGAUUUCAGGUGCUCAAUAGUCAAAUAUUUUCAAUGUUAAAUAAAUAUCUAUCAUCUGCAUCCAUGGAUAGUAAUAUGGUUGAACAGAUAAAAUGUUUGAAUCCACCAUCAUUUCCAAGACAAGUAAAAAUUGGUAAUCAAACACCGGCACAGGCUCCAAUUUAUAUGCGUACAGAUAUUCUUUUGCAACAGAAACGUCAUCUUCAACAAGAAUAAACAAGAUUUGUUCAUUUUUGUAAAUAAUUUCUACAUUUGAAAGGAAAACUUAUUCGUUUAUAUACCAUUUUUUAUUUUGAAUAUACAAAAAAAAAAA